AUGGAUGCAGAAGAUAGAAAAAUGUUCGAAGAAGACAUGAUGAGAUUACUAGAAAAUCAGCAUGAUAUCAAGAAUCUGAUAAAUAAGCAAACUUCGGUAGUAGAUUCUACGGUGAAUUUGUUAAAAAGAACCACCACGGAGAUAAAUAAUAAUUUUAAACAAAUGCAAGAUAGGCUCAACCUCUUGUCGUCGGCAAUGCAGGAAUCAUAUUUGGUAUAUCGGGAGUCAAUUAAGUUUUUCAUGGUAACAAAAGAGCUGCAGGGAAUAAUUGAAGAAAACAGAAAUGUUCAAACAGAAAUAAUAGAGCUUUUAAUUGACAUAAAUCAUGGGAAAUUGAAUCCUUCGUUGAUAACUCCUACUCAACUGUAUGAAGAAGUUAGAAGCAUCAAAGAACAUCUUACAAAUAAAUUAAGGCUGCCAGGAAAUAGCGAUAAUCAGUUGCAAGUUAUUUAUAAGCUUUUAUCGGCAAUAGGAACAAUAAUGGAUAAGAAACUAAUCAUAAAGGCAGAAAUACCAUUAUUUGACACACAAGAAUCAAAACUAUACAAAGUAAUUCCGAUGCCUAUGGAAAAGCAUGGGAUAAUUUUGAGUCCAAUGAUACAAAAGCAGUUUCUUAUAUAUAAUUUCGAAAUGGACUCAUACCAUUUGAUGACGGAAACACAGCUCAACUUAUGCAAACACGUCACAGAAGCGGAGUAUGUUUGUGAAGGUAAUUGGCCAUGGCUAGAUGCGAAUGACUCGUCGUGUGAGAUUUCACCAUUGAAGCCUUUAAAUGCUUAUAAAUGUACAUACAUUGAAGCGGAAUCAUCUCUAUAUUGGGUAAAGCUAAAUAAUGCAAAUAAUUGGUUAUUUAAAACAUUUAAACCAACAUCAGCACAUAUCCAGUGUAAUCAAAAUCGGCAAUUUAUUUUAGAACUUCCACAACAGGGAAGAAUAUCAUUGCAACCAGGAUGUACAAUAAGAAUUGAAGGUGUUACAAUAAAAUCACCAUUUAAUAUAAACUCUAAUUCGAAAAAGGAAAUACCAGCCACAUUGACAGCGAAGAUAGGGAACACUACUAGAAUUCGUUUUCCACCAUUAAAUUUAUUAAUAUCCAAUCACACAAAUGAACUGCAAGAGCUUCAGAGUCAAAUCAAAGUCAUAAAAGAAGAGAAUAUUAAAUUACGUGAAAUUAAAUAUCAUCAAAUAGCAAGUCAUACAUCUCUUUUCUUAGUAACAAUUUUGAUAAUAGGUAUAGUGAUAUAUUUUGUAAAAAGGAAGCAUACGGAACGCGCAAUUGCUCGAUUGGACGUUUUUAACAAGGAGAAUCUCUAA